AAACAUCUGCAGGCGUCUCCAUCAAAUCUGGCCAGCGAUACAAAGUUAGCUGAGAGGAUUUAGUAUGUAUGUAUGUGUGAGUCCAUGUGUGAGUGUAUGAGCAUGUAUAUAAUUUAGUUAUUUUAAGAUUUGAAGAUAUAUAGGAAAAAUGAAUUUCUGAAUUACAUUUCUGUCCAGUUGGUGGCGGUAAUACACAAAGUUUAAAAACUGCCAGAAAACUAUAGAAGAAGAAGAAGAAAUCUUGCCAACACUAUCAGCUGUAGUUAACAGUAGCAAACCAACAACAGUCCUCAUCACUGUUCCAGCUGAGAUGAUCAACAGCCUGUUUCUGAUCAGCCACUCUGGAGACAUCUUCCUGGAGAAGCACUGGAAGAGUGUCAUUAGCAGGAGUGUGUGUGACUACUUUUUGGAGGCCAAGGAGAAGGCAGGGGACCCAGAGAAUGUGGCCCCUGUGCUGCAGACCCCACACCACUAUCUCAUCUCUAUCUACAGGGGCAAACUCUUCUUCCUCUCAGUUACCCAGACUGAAGUCCCCCCACUCUUUGUCAUUGAGUUCCUGCACAGGGUGGCAGAUACUUUUCAGGAUUACUUUGGUGACUGCUCAGAGGUUUUGAUCAAGGAGAACACGGUGACUGUUUACGAGCUUCUGGAGGAGAUGCUGGACAACGGGUUUCCUCUGGCAACAGAGUCCAACGUCCUUAAGGAAAUGAUAAGGCCUCCGACCAUCCUGCGAUCGGUCGUAAAUACCCUCACAGGAGGUAGCAAUGUCGGGGGAACGUUGCCUACAGGCCAGUUGUCUAAUGUUCCCUGGAGGCGGGCAGGUGUUAAAUACACCAAUAAUGAGGCUUAUUUCGAUGUGAUAGAGGAAAUCGAUGCCAUUCUGGACAAAUCAGGUACGACUGUCUUUGCAGAGAUUCAGGGUGUGAUUGAGGCCUGUGUGAAGCUCACUGGGAUGCCUGAUCUCACCCUGUCCUUCAUGAAUCCCCGACUCCUUGAUGACGUGAGUUUCCACCCGUGCGUUCGUUUUAAGCGCUGGGAGUCGGAGCACGUCUUGUCUUUCAUCCCGCCAGAUGGAAACUUCAGGCUCAUGUCGUAUCAUGUCAGCUCUCAAAAUCUUGUAGCCAUUCCGGUGUACGUGAAGCAGAACAUCAGCUUCUUAGAGACGGGUUCUUGUGGUCGUCUGGACAUCACAAUUGGGCCCAAGCAGACCAUGGGGAAGACGGUGGAGAGCUUGAUGGUCACUAUUCCAAUGCCUAAAUCUGUGCUCAGUGUCAAUCUCACAGCCACUCAGGGAACUUACACCUUUGACUUAACAACCAAGGUGGUCCUUUGGGACGUCGGGAAACUUAACCCCCAGAAGCUCCCCAACCUGCGAGGAAGCAUCAGCAUUCAGACGGGCGCCCCGAAGCCUGAAGAGAAUCCCUCGAUCAACAUUGAUAUGAAGCUACAACAACUGGCCAUAUCAGGUCUCAAAGUGAGUCGUCUGGACAUGUAUGGAGAGAAGUACAAACCAUUUAAAGGGGUUAAAUAUGUGACUAAAGCGGGAAAGUUCCAGGUCCGGACCUGAGCGAGGGAGGAAAGCUCAGCAUUCCGAUGUACCAAACAGGGAGCGAGGGUUACCACACUGCCGAGUCAGCGACAAGUCUCACUUAUCUACAUCUGCAUGGUCAAUAAUGAAAAACUCUGCAUUCUAACAGCUAUUUAUUACACCACGUAAACCAUGCUUGGUAUUGUAUUUUAAAUAUAUGACUGAAAAACUUUGGCCUGUAAAGGGAAGCCUUAAAAUCAAUGUGAUUUCUGUUGAAUGUUAGGUUUAGAUGUAAUGCAUCGUAUGGAGAAUUUUCCAUUUGCUGCAUCAGUUGAUAUGUAUGCACGUGCAUUUCUUUAUCUAAUAUGCUCAAAAUGUUGCAGAAGGGGAAUGUUUUGCUUUAAAAACAAGCUCCCUUUAUGUGACGUCUCUGAACUUGAACAGUACAAUCUGCUCACUGCCUUAAGAGUUUGAAGGAAUACCUUUGAAAAGGUUUUACAUGAUACUAGGAAUCCCAUUUUAUUGGUUUAUUUCAGAUGAAACUUUGGGAAAAAUGUAUGUACUGCCUACAUUCUGAAUGUUUGCAAUGCAGAUAUUUCUGCACACAUUCAGCGUUUAAUUCAGUGGCCUUGUAAGAGGAGUAUAAGAGCUCUGUAAACACACACUACAGCACAAGCUGCAAGCUUAGGAGACUUGAGGGAAGUAUGUUGAAAACUAUUAUUUAAAGAACACAGUAAAAGUGUGACAUUGGGAUGGUGUGGGUCCAAUUUAGUUAUUCUGGUGUUUUUUUAGGAAAACUGUAGAAACUACAUGUUGUUGGAUACAGCUAUUUUUUCUGAGCAGAAAAUUUUUUGUCACUAUUAGAAAAAUAUCUUAUUUAAAAAAAAAUAAUGAAAGAACAUGUAAACCAGAUGCCUUAUUGUAAAAUCUUUAUACUCCUCCUUGUGUUUUUUGUUGUCCUUGUAUCCAAGCUGCCAGAUUAGCUUUAUGUUUGAAGAUCCUUUUUGCGGUGCCUUUUAACGUGCUGAAUUUUCUCCUUCUAUUUUUGUGUCAACUUUUAUCCCAAAAUCUAAAUGAGACAUUUGUCCAAAGCUCAAAUGUUAACUAUGAUGAAGAAAAUGUAAUAAAUUACCUUCCAAUCAUG